AUGGAACUUCUGAAAGAUUAUGAUUGUGAGAUUAAAUAUCAUCCCGGUAAAGCUAAUGUGGUGGCGGAUGCAUUGAGUAGAAAGGAAGCUCAAGUUAAGGCUUUAUUGAAAGAGAACAUUGACAAGGAAAGUAUUGGUAAAAAGAAACGUCUUGCCAUGGAAACGAACAGUCGUGGAUUUAGGACAUAUAAGGGUCGAAUUUGGGUACCACUGCUUGAUGGCAACCGAGAAUUGAUCCUUGAAGAAGCUCAUAGGUCGAGAUAUUCAGUUCACCCCGGUGUUACAAAGAUGUAUGCAGAUUUGAAACCUAUUUAUUGGUGGCCGAACAUUAAGGGUGAAGUCGCACAUUUUGUUGAAAGAUGCUUGACUAGUGCACGGGUAAAAGCUGAUCACAAAAAGCCAUAUGGAUUGUUGCAUCAAUUGGAGAAUCCGGAAUGA